UGUGUUUUGGACUGGAGGAGGUCAUUAGAAAGUGAGGGUAAGACCGGGCCGGUUCUCGGGGCACAGAGACACUCGGUACCAGCACAUCUCUGAUGCCGGUGUAAGAAAUAUAUUAUAUAAUAUUCAACAGCUCCGUAUAGUGUUUCAACCGCUGCGAAAUGCUUCGUCUGAUCCUGCGGCUCAGGCCGUCCUCCGGUCUCCCAUGUCCCCGUGCCCUCCCGGCCGGGCCUGCUGCGCUCGGCUCCCGCUCCGUGCCCGGAACCGGCUGUCUGAGGCGGCUUCACCGUGGAGCGGCGUCCCGGGCCGUGUGCCUGGGCCCCGGCUUCAGCCACAGAACGACUCUGCUGCGGUGUCCCCAGCUGGCAGGCGGCUGUCAGACCAAGCGUUUCUACAGUCUCCCGCCGCACCAGAAGGUGGAGCUACCCGCGCUGUCACCCACCAUGCAGACGGGAACGAUCGCUCGCUGGGAGAAGAAGGAGGGAGAAAAAAUCAGCGAGGGUGACCUCAUAGCUGAGGUGGAGACAGACAAGGCCACCGUAGGUUUUGAGAUGCUGGAGGAGUGCUAUCUGGCCAAGAUCCUGGUUCCUGAGGGGACGAGAGAUGUCAACGUUGGGUCUGUAAUCUGCAUCACGGUUGACAACCCUGACCUCAUCUCAGCCUUUAAGGACAUAACGCUGGACUCACUUAAAGCAGCUGGUGCUGCUCCUUCACCUGCUGCCUCCGCUCCUCCUCCUCCUCCUCCUGCUGCAGCUGCUGCUGCUGCUCCUCCUGCAGCCCCCGGCAGCUCUUAUCCCACACACAUGAAGAUUGCACUUCCUGCCCUCUCUCCCACCAUGACGAUGGGAACAGUGCAGCGCUGGGAGAAGAAGGUCGGAGAGAAGCUGAGUGAAGGAGAUCUGCUGGCUGAGAUCGAGACUGACAAGGCGACCAUCGGCUUCGAGGUGCAGGAGGAGGGAUAUUUGGCCAAAAUCCUGGUGUCAGAGGGAACUCGAGACGUCCCCCUGGGAACACCACUCUGCAUCAUUGUAGAGAAGGAAAGUGACAUCGCUGCCUUCAAGGAUUAUGUAGAAACUGGAGUAGCAGAGGUUUCCACACCUCCUCCAGCACCAGCACCGGCUGCAGCUCCAGCUGCCGCAGCACCCAGUCCUGCUCCUGCAGCCGCUGCUCCAGCAGCACCCAGGAAGGGGCGUGUGUUCGCCAGCCCGCUUGCCAGGAAACUCGCUGCUGAGAAAGGAAUUGACCUGGCACAGGUCAGUGGCUCUGGUCCUGAUGGACGCGUCACCAGGAAAGAUAUUGAGAGUUUUGUUCCACCAAAGGCUGCUCCUGCCGUAGCUGCUGCUCCCGCCACAGCCGCAGCUCCAGCUGCUCGUGCACCUGCUGCAGCUCCUCCUGCAUCAGCUGGGACCUUCACAGACAUCCCUAUUAGCAACAUCCGUAAGGUCAUUGCUCAGAGGUUGAUGCAAUCCAAGCAAACCAUCCCCCACUAUUAUCUGUCUGUAGAUGUCAACAUGGACCAAGUGCUCGAGCUUCGGAAAGAGCUCAAUGCUGAAGUGAAAGCCCAGAAUAUCAAGUUAAGUGUGAAUGACUUCAUCAUCAAAGCCAGCGCUCUGGCCUGCCUCAAGGUUCCUGAGUGCAACUCCUCCUGGAUGGACACGGUCAUCCGCCAGAAUCACGUGGUGGACAUGAGCAUAGCAGUGAGCACCGCCAACGGUCUGAUCACGCCCAUAGUGUUUAACGCCCACACCAAAGGACUGGCCGCCAUCAGCUCUGAUGUGUCGGCUCUCGCCGCCAAAGCGAGAGAAGGCAAACUGCAGCCGCAUGAGUUCCAGGGAGGUACAUUCACAAUCUCUAAUUUGGGGAUGUUUGGUGUCAAGAACUUCUCAGCGAUAAUUAACCCUCCUCAGUCCUGUAUCCUCGCAGUUGGGGGCUCAGAAAAACGACUGAUGCCUGCUGAUAAUGAGAAAGGGUUUGACGUAGCCAGCAUGAUGUCAGUGACGCUGAGCUGUGACCACCGGGUGGUGGACGGGGCGGUCGGUGCACAGUGGCUUGCAGAGUUCCGCAAGUUCCUGGAGAAACCCGUCACCAUGCUGUUGUGAUCGGACUGUACUGCCAUUCAAACUGCAGCAGCAGGCUGCAGCCUCUCGCUGAAGCGAUCAGAUUGGUCUAAACUGGUGUAGAUCCUUCUGUGAUUGGCCGGGCCUGCCACCAGGUCACUCCCAGUUACCCUGAAGGGGAAGAGGCAGAACUCACUCCGCUUACCUGUCUCUCUGUCUCUCCUGUCUAUCUUUCUCUCCUCUUGCUGUCUCACUCAUAUUCUAUUUAUUGAGGCCCCAUCUCAUAAAGAGACCAGAAUUAGGUUUAAUUUAUCCUAGCAUAGAGACUGGCCAUAUGUCACUAAAACAUUGAUAAUGUUUUAUAAAGGGAAGUGUUACAUGUCCAAGCAGCGAGCACAUUUAUCCCAAAACUUCUGAGUGUGCGUGUGUGUGUUUUUACACACUUUUAUCUGUGAUUGUGUUUGAAUGUGAUAAAGAUGACGGGAAGUGCAGCUACCUGUGGGUUCCAGUCUUUUGAAUAAAUGAUUGUGGUUUUUGUCUGCAAGCAGGCAAGAGGAUGGAGCUAAAUGUAAGUUAACUUUGAGAUACACAAAGUCCAGAUGUAGACACACACACACACGCACACACAUACACCUGUCCUUGUUCAGUAGCCACACUCACACACAGUUGAAAUAUUUAGUAUAUUUUGUGUGAGUUGAUGUUACAGCGUGUAUAUUCUUCACUGUGAGAUAAACACAGUGCUGUAUAUAUAUAUAUAUGGUGAUGAGCUGUGGUUUAAAUAACCGAGCUCUGACGAGGUCUCACCGUAUAAUUAAUAUCUUUACAGACCUGAACGACAACAAAUGCUCUUAAAGGAAAAUACUGAACGGUUUUGCCAAUUCUCUCUCUUCAGUGGGGAUGUUUUAUUUUCUAGUGUCAGAGAAAAACACUUACCUUUGAGAUAUUCUGUAUUUCACAGCUGAAACGCACAAAGCUGGUGCUGGAUAUUAUUUGUUAUUUGAAUAAAUUGGGAGAAGUCAACCUUGUGCCGCAGGCUGUUCGGUUUUUAUAAUUAGACUUAUUGAAAGAGCCCAAAUUAAUGCAGUUAGAAACAGAAGCAGUACUUACAAUGUGAUCACAAAAAAAAAAAUCAAACAUUUUGGAAAUUUGUAAAAAAUAUUUACAAUCCAAGGGACUACUGACUGGAUUUAUUGCUUGUUAUUCGUGCUGCAUACCAAAAAACCUGCAGUCGACCUCCUUGCAAACCCCCCCUCCCCCCCCCCCCAGGUAUCUUGGUCUGCUGUCGGCUGAUUAAUUUGAUCAGGAAAAUUAGCACAUGUAGUUGCUGUCUUAAUAUUUUAUUACUCUUUUUUUUUUUUUAUCAUAUCAGAAAUAUAUAAAAUCACCAUAGGAAUGUGUACUUAAAUGAAAUACAAAAAAGAGAAACAUGACAGGAGUCCAAACACACCAGCUGGUAUCAGUAACAGGAGGAAACUGACCUCAUUGAGGUGACAUAAUAAAAAGGUCAAAUUUAAAAGCUUGAAUAGGUCACAUGCUGCUUUGCUGUAUUCAACUCAAGAACUGGGUUUUGGUUCAGUCUGACUUGAAUCUUUAGCUAUUCUGUGUAUGUAUGUUUUUUUUUUCUUUUUGGUUUUUUUUUUUCCCCCAAAGCUAUUCAUUUCCCAGCCCAACCUUCCUCUGAUUUUGAACUGCUUCGGUUUAGUUUUCCUCAGUUCAUCAAGGAACUGAACUCAUCUAAAUGCUCAUACUGUAUGUGUAAAACUACUCAUGUUGCCAUAUACGGCGUCAUUAAAUCUGACAAAUGUUUCGACUG